AUGACCAGAGACAUCCUUACAAUUCUCCCCACGUUUGGCAACCCUGUUACGACAAACACAUUUGAUAGGAGUAAUUUGGAGGAAAUGGAAAAGAAGUUAGCUGCAGCAGAGAUUUUGAUUCACAAAUGGGACAGAAAUACAACAAGCAAAAUGCUCUUUCAGAGCAACGCAGAAGAAGUCCGUAUGUACAUGGACACAGUCCAAAAUCUCCAACGCCUGAUGGAAUAUUUGUCCAUCGGCGGCACCUACACUGCCCAACUCAUCCGUGCGCAGCGGCUGAUGAAAAUGUCAAUGGCCCGUCUGCAGAACGAGUUUCACAAGAUUCUGUUAGCUAACAGUGAACCCAUCGAUCUCGAACAGGAGUCAUCAGCCAGCCCCCCGUCUGUUUCAAGCACAGAGGACAGCAUCACUACUUCCAGAUGCUCUGACGGCGAAGAUGAUCACAGUAGCCACUGCAGCUCCAACUGUUCGUCAACAGACAAAACAUGCGAAUUCAACAUAGUUCCGUUGGACGCUGUGUUGGAUCUGCGGAAUAUAGCGCAUCGCAUGGCGAAGAGUGGGUACGCGAGGGAAUGUAUUUGA